GUUGCUUCUCUCCCGUCUCUGCUCCAAUACGUAUCCAAAAUCCUCCUUAAAAGUUAAAACCCUAAACCUAGUGAUACUGCUAGUGCUGAAAAGAACAACCGUCUCUCUCUCUCUCUCAGGUACUUACGUACGCGGGAUAGCGAGAUGUUUCUGCAGUUCUAUAUCAAUGAAAAUGGGGACAAAGUUUACACAACAAAGAAAGAAUCUCCCGUAGGUGCCAUCACACUAUCUGCUCACCCUGCUCGUUUCUCUCCGGAUGAUAAAUACUCAAGGCAGAGGGUGCUUCUGAAGAAGCGUUUUGGUUUGCUGCCAACCCAAAAGCCGCCACCAAAAUACUAGAGUUCUCUGUUCACCCAAGAUGCUAGAGCUUUUUCUCGUAGCAUCACGAGACUUGUAUGACCUAUUAUUAGUAGCUAGUUCUAGUCUUGAUGUAUUGUACACUUAUUGAUGAGUUAUCUAUGCAACUGUCUUGAGUUUGCCUGAAUCUUUAA